AUGUGGGUUUGGAACUACACCACUUCUGCGCGGGAGGCAGACAAGGCCAUCCAGCAACUGGGGCGAGUCCAUCGGAGCAAUCAGAAGGUCCCGCCCCGUUUCGCCUUCGUGGUCACUGACUUGGGUGGUGAGGUCCGCUUCGUGUCCACUGUGGCUCGGCGAUUGCGGAUCCUGGGAGCGAUGAUGCGCGGAGACAGGAACUCUGCGCAUGGCGCGGUGCAAAGCCUGGCCAAUUUCGACAUCCAAAAUCGUUAUGGCCGACAGUCCUUGGCACGGCUCUUUGAGCUGCUUCGCACGGGGCAGGAACCUGAGGUGUCUUUCUCCUUUCUUCAAUUCAGCCAGCGAAAAACCAAGGGCAACCGCUGGAAAAGCUGGGCGGAAUUCAAAAAGUCUGCACUCCAGGCCUUGGAUCUCAUCGGCUUGCGACCGGACACGGAAGACAAGUACGAGGAGUCCCUGGCCGAGUCCAAAAACCUCAAUGUGUUUCUCAACAGGUUGCUGAUGCUGGAGCCAGGCAUUCAAAAUGCACUUUUUGAUGCCGUAGCCGAGUUAUACGUCCACCUGGUAGACCUGGACCGAGCCUCCGGAGCCUAUGAUGGGGGACCGGAAGUUUUGGACAAGAGGCGAGGCACCAAAGCUGAAGUUCGUUUGGUUCGUCGCGAGGUCCUCUUUGAGGAUCCAAUCACAGGAGCAGAAACUGCCCAUGCGGAGUUACGGCUGGACCGUGGCAUGAGCUGGGAGAGGGCGAAGGAGGUGCUGGAGAGCAAAGGAAAGGGCAGAGAGAUCGAGGGCUUCUACUGGUGCAGCAACGGCCCCAAUCCAGUGGUCCUGGCCGUGCCCCGGCCUCGCUUCCGUGGCGUCCGCGCCGGGGCGGAGUCGGACGACGACAGCGAUGCGGAUUUGGACCUUCACUGGCCACAGGGACCACCAGCAGAGCAUGAUGCAGAUCAGCAGGUCUCAAGUGCGACACUCCGCAGAGGCGACUUCUUCCUGAAGACUGGCAAUUCGGAGUUGAGAACUGUGGAGUCUAGGUGGCGUGAGUUGCAUGGAGCAUCAGCCAGACACGCAGGACGAUGGCAGGAGGAGCACGUGCUGACGGGCUCCAUUUUGAGCACCUGGGCAGUGCUGGGGACGGCCAUUCAAGCGGAGCGGACCACCAGGCUGAAGGUUCAGAAGAUCCCAUUGGUCAGAGCCAAGUUGGCUGAUGGUGGCGCGAUCGUUGGCGUAAAGGUGCACCAUGAUCGCUUGCAGGAGGUGAAAUACGUCCUGUCUGCCCUGCACGAAGAGAGAAGCAGCAAAGGAAAUAAGGAGGCCAACGAGCUCGACGUGCGAAAGCUGAGUGCUCAACUGGAAGCGUUUUUACGCACGCAGCCGAAUCAAAGCGCUCAGUGGUCCGGUUGGGCAGGUGCUCAUCAAGCUCUCAUGGCAGAGGGUCUGUUAAGUGAAGGAGCUUCGGGGAUGCUUUUGGCACAAGAAGCGUUUGAGGACUUGGAUCGGAAUGGCAAGAUUGAUGUCCAGGAAAACCAGGUGCAGCUGAGAGAUAAGCCCAAAGGCUGUGGCUGGUACAUCCCUCCCAAAAAACCCAAGGCUGGUCGUGGUCGGGGACGAGGUCGGCGCGGUCGUGCGUGAAGCUGGGGAUGCGGCAAGCGGCGCUGAGGUCGUAGGAUAGUGGGUGCUUUUGGUAGAACCGGGACUCGGU